GUGCCUGCUACUUCCCAAACUUCCGGAAAUCGUGCCUGCUGCUUCCCUGGUGACGUCUAUAUUACGCGGCAUUCCAAUCUAACUGGUGGUAGCGGAGGCGGCUUAGCCGGAGGUGGCGGUGGCAUAAGUCUCGUUUUUCACCUAGUUGUCGAUGAGGCUGCUGAAGGUGAAGGAGAUCGUCUCCGGCAGUCUAGCCGACUGCAUGCUGCUCUUUCGGCAGUUCUAAGAACCUGCUUCCACUACGAUGUUACCACACUUACCUUGCCGCUUUUGAUGGUUCGAAGCCUGUCCCCGGUAUCUAAAAUUAUUUAUACUUCUGUUUUAUUUCCAAAUGCCCCGGCAUAG